CCAUGGGUCAGAAGUCGCUGACCCUAGCGUGGGACGUGCCCCAGAACAUGAAGGGGCGUGUCCUCCAGUACCAGAUCCGGUACUACCCCAGGACUGACGAGACCAGUGCCCAGACCAAACUCACGCCCUUCCAGAACUUCACGCUCAAUGAGUUUAUGCUGCAGACGGAAUAUAUUUUCAUGGUGAGGGGUGAGACACAGGAGGGGUGGGGCGAGUUCAGUGAGCCGUUGAUUCUACAGACCGGCCAAUACGGAUCCACCGUCGUGGGGGUCAGGAGAGUGAGCAUCGGAUCCAAGCAUAUCACCAUCGCCUGGGACGUUCCUCAGAGUAUAAAGGACAACGUGUUGAGGUAUGAGGUCAGGUACUACCCCACCUCGCAGGAACAAAACCAGAUGAGCGCCUUCACCACGGCGCAGAACUUCACGGUCACUGAGUUCAUGCUUGACUCGGAGUACGAGUUCCAGGUGCGGAGUGAAACCAACGGUGGGUGGGGAGAUUUCAGUGAACGUCUGGUGGUCCAAACUGGUCAGAAGGAAUCUGCCAGCACCCCUAUAGGAAUUAUUGCUGGAUCUAUUGUGGCCGUCAUUCUCUGUAUGGCCAUUGCUACCAUUAUGAUCAUAAUCCUACUGAGACGAAAUCGCCCAAACUGCAGUGAGAAAAAAGAUUGUGAUGCAUACAGUCAUGUCAUCCAGUACCCUCCCUUGGAGCAUCAUAUCAACGGGGGCUAUGGGGGAUUGACCAUGCCAUUGUUCCCCUCCCCUGGGUCAGUACACAGCUCCGUAAGGACAUACGUAGACCCCCACACGUACGAGGAUCCAAACCAGGCUGUACGAGAGUUUACCAGAGAGAUUGAUGCCUGCCAUAUAACCAUAGAGUCAGUCAUAGGGGGAGGAGAAUUUGGGGAUGUGUGUAAGGGCAAGUUGAGAAUGCCUGGACGCCACGAGAUGACCGUUGCCAUCAAGACACUGAAACCAGGCGCCACAGAGAAAAACAGACUGGACUUUCUUACAGAGGCCAGCAUCAUGGGUCAGUUUGAUGACCCCAACGUCAUUUUUCUUGAAGGAGUUGUUACGAAAAGUAAUCCUAUCAUGAUAGUCACAGAGUAUAUGUCUAAUGGUUCUUUAGACACAUUUUUAAGGAACAAUGAUGGGAAGUUCACCAUCAUUCAGCUGGUGGGUAUGAUGAGGGGCGUGGCCUCAGGGAUGAAGUAUUUAUCUGAGAUGGGCUUUGUGCACAGGGAUCUAGCAGCAAGAAACAUAUUAGUCAAUGAAACUCUUGUAUGCAAAGUCGCCGACUUCGGUCUCUCUCGGGAAAUUGAGUCGGACACCACCGAGGGUGCAUACACCACCACAGGUGGGAAGAUACCUGUACGGUGGACGGCGCCAGAAGCCAUCGCAUUCCGCAAGUUCACCUCCGCGUCAGACGUGUGGAGCUACGGAGUGGUCAUGUGGGAGAUCGUGUCAUACGGGGAGCGGCCGUACUACAACUGGUCCAACCAGGAUGUUAUUAAAGCUGUAGAGAAAGGCUAUAGGCUGCCCCCUCCUAUGGACUGCCCAGAGGCCAUCCACCAGCUGAUGCUUGACUGCUGGCAGAAGGAACGCUCACACCGUCCCAAGCUCGGACAGAUUGUCAAAACUCUGGACAAGCUCAUCAGGGCGCCGGAACUUUUGCGGAAACAAGCUAAGCCAAGGCCACACAACUUUAUUGACCCCAGCGCACCUGACAUGACGUCGCUCCUCAGUGUAGAGGACUGGCUGCUGUCAAUCAAAAUGGAACGGUACCUCAACCUCUUUCUGGCCGCAGGCUACACCACCAUGGACCAGGUGAGACAUGUAACAGUGAGGGACCUGCUGAACAUGGGGGUCAGCCUGGUCGGCCAUCAGAAGAAGAUGAUGAACAGUAUACAGACAUUCCGUGCUCAGACAGGGGAGGGCCUACAACAACACAUGUCCCAGGCUGCACUGGUCUAGCUGGCGGACAGGUCAAAGUU